AUGUCGCAGUGCGACAAGCAAAUUCCUUGUCAAUCCUGUUUGCGAAGAGGGUGCGCGUCCUUAUGCCCCAACGGCAGCUUGGCUACCGGCCAAGGAACACGGUUUGUGCUGGCAGCGACCGAGCACCUCCACCGUCGCAUUGCGAAACUCUCGUCUCGGAUCCGACAGCUUGAAGAUGCGUUAGCUGGUCUUCAAGCGAAACAUUCUGCUGACCCGCAUCCAUUACUUCAUGAUGACUUGGUCAGCACGGAUGAACUUCGGGAAGGCCUGAGGGAUGAAGGAGGGGAUUCCAUGGACGAUAGCUCACCAGCCCCUAUUGGGCAGACUGGGGAGGUGAUCGAUGCAUUGGGAACGUUAUCUAUCUCCGAUCAUGGAAUAUCGAGAUUCUUUGGUCCUACAGGUGGCUCAGAGAGUCUCUUACUUGCAAGCAUAUCAAACAACCACCCCUCGCCCUCGUCCUCCACCACAAAUGACUCACACUCUCCUUCUGCCUCCUCAACCACGACCACGACCGUCACCGCAGCCUCAGAUGACCUCAACCUCUCCCUUUUCUCCCAAUCUUUCCCCUUCACCCCCGUAGGCGCCCCACGCUCUAUCCAAGACCUCAUUGAAGUUAAUCACCUCCCUCCCUACUCAGCCGCUAUCUCCCUCUGUAACACCUAUUUUACCCAAGUCUCCUGGCUCCACCGUGGAGUCACCCAAUCCCAGCUGCUCGAAGAAAUGCUGCCUAUGAUAUACCACCUCCCCUCUCCCUCCCCUGCCUCUGGCGAGGAGCAGGCACGCUCGGGCCCACACGACCUCGCGCUCCUUUUCAUCGUACUUGCUAUUGGGUCCCUCCUCUCUUCGCCUGCAUCUUCUUCACCCAACACAGCGACGGCGAACGCAAAUGCUCUAGGGGAACACUACCACCAGAUCUCCAGGGCCGCUCUGGCCCUCCAGCCUGUUUUAGAGAAGCCUUCGAUCGUGACGAUCCAGGCGCUUCAUUUGUUGAGUAUCUACAACGCCAUGAGCGGAAGUGAUUUGAACAGCGAAACGAGCAUGGAGAUGACGUGGAGUUUGGUGACCCUUGCUGCUCAUCUUUCACAGACGAUUGGUCUCCACAGGGACAGCGCCCGAUGGGGCCUCUCACCGAAAAUGGUGCAGCGUCGUCGAAUCCUGUUUUGGGACCUCUUUGUUGCUGAUGUAUGGCAGAGUCUAAACACUGGGCGCCCGCCUUCAUUUUCAAUGGCUUACAUUGACUGUAGUUUCCCCUCGUACGAUGAAAAGCCCUCGUGGGAUGGUCAUGAUGGGGAUGGGAGUCAAAAGAAAGAAAAAGAACCUGGCUCUGGGGGUGGUUUUGGGAGAGCUUUUGAAGUAUGGGCAUUCCGCUUUGCGGCAGAAUGCGUAGCAGAUGUCGCAGCGCGGACAUUGACAGCUGAAGCUCCUACUUACUCAACAAUAAUGGAACUGGAUAGGAAGGUCAGGGAUUUCCCGGUGCCUGAUGGGAUGCGUGAUGAUGAUGAGGGCGCGGAUAUGGCAGGGAGUUUUCAGAGGUGCUUGUUGGCUCAUAUCAAGGAGACGAUAUUGAUGUACAUUCACCGAUCCUUUUUCGCCCAAGCCAUCAUCGAACACCCCGAAAAUCCACUCAAAUCCACCUAUGCCCCGUCCUUCCUAGCAGCCUACCGCGCUGCGACGACUAUUUUGAAAAACGUGCGCGAUCAGUUUGCGGUGUUCCCGAAUUCGUGUGCUAGGUUUUGGCAGAUGUGGACGUUUGCAUUUAGUGCAGCUGUCGUAUUCGGAACUGUAGUAACGCGUGGUCCCCGCUCACCCCUAUCCCAAUCUGCCAUGGCAGAGCUCGAUCAAGCGUGUGUUCUUUUCUCCAAAGCCGCGGCAUAUAGCAUUAGGGCCCAGAAAGCUUUACACAUCCUCCAAAAACUGAGCGAGAAAGCGCGGCACGCUCUCGCCUUGGCGCAAAGAGAACCAUCACCCCUGGGAGGGGAUCUUUGGAGCAUCGAUGAUGAUGACGAGCUGGCGAUUUUUGCUGGGCGUACGCGGUUUGUGCGGGGAAAAAGCGGUGGAAAUAAUACAGGACUUGUCAAAGGGAGGGACCAGGGGCAAGAUACGACUCGCUUUGAAACUGACGCACCGCUAUAUCGUCCCCCCGCUUUUGAACCCGAGCAACACGUCAUGCCGCCACCUUUUUCCGCUCCCUCACACUAUUCUCCAUUGACAUAUCCUGCCACUCAGUCGUUAGAUAUUCCCCGAGGCGGGUUAAAGCAGCAGCAGUUCAUACCUCCACCCUACACUGCUGUCACGACUCACCAAGAGCCUACCUUGAAUUACGGUUGGCCAAAAGAACCUCAUCACCUCCCACCGCCGCCACCACAUAUCCAUGGUCCUGAGCAGUCGUACCAUCGAUUGCAGCAACCACAACGACAUCUUUCGGGGAACCCGCAGCUGCUGAAUUCUCAAGAGUAUCACGGCGUCCCCCAUAGUCAACCUCAAAACCAAUAUUCUCAUCACCUUGAACAGGUUCAGGCACAUUACACGACCUAUCCAACCCUCCAUUCCCAUCGACAGGUUGCACUGUCUGACCCUAGCCUUGCGGACCUGGGGCUGGCGGCGCGGGAUUCACGGUUGGACGAGAGAUGGGGUGCGUUUAUGUCAGAGUCUGGGAUUUUAGAUGGGUUUCAUGGGAGCAAUCAUUGA